UACACUUUCUCCAAGAUGUCCUGCCAACAGACCCAGCAGAAGUGCCAGCGUCCUGCCAAGUGCCUCCCCAAAUACCCACCCAAGUGCCCUCCUCAGGCCCCUCAGGCUCCUCAGGCCCCUCAGGUCCCUCGGGCCCUUCCUCCCUGCCCAGCACCCUGCCCCCCUCCUGCUCCCUCCUGCUGUGUCCCUAGUUGCUGUAUUUCUGGCUUUGGAGACUGCUGCUUUCCAGAUGUCUGCCUAGGCCAGCCCCAGCCGUCUGCGUGCUGUGUGAGGGAGUCUUCCCACUGUUGUUGCUCCAGUUGUUGCCACGGCCUUGGGGGCUGCAGCUGAUCUGCUACUUUUGAGGAGCCAAAGAUCCACAGACAAGGACCAGCAUCGAAUGGACAUCUUUCCUCUCAGCCUUGUUCUCCCCUCCUCAGCUAAGCUGCCUAGAUGUAUAGGGGAU